AUGGAUAAAGUGGAUUUGAGUCAUCCUCCACCAGGCUUGGAAUCUGAGUUCCAUACCCUUCUCACCCCGGAUGCGAUCCAAUUUUUGGUUGAACUUACAUGUGCAUUUAAUGAAGAUGUUGAUAAGAUUUUGUGGCAUCGCAUUUCUCGGAAAGUUCAACUUGAUCUGACCAAUAAUUAUCCUGAUUUUGCUCUGGAGAAUUCCCGCAUUAGAAAUGAUUUAAGCUGGAAAGUGUCCCCUGUUCCAAGAAGGCUGGAGAAAAGGCACGUGGAUAUUGGGGACACCGCACCGUGCAAAACCGAACGCUUCCACAAAGCUUUGCUGUCUUCUGCACAAGGCGUUCAGGUAGAUUUUGAUGAUGGUAAUUGUCCAACUUUCUUCAAUCAGAUCAAAGGAAUAUUUAAUAUAUACCAGGUUGUGUACGACAAGGUUCCAGGCAUACCCCCGAUUUCCAAAGCUCCUGUAUUAAUGCUUAGACCAAGGGCAUGGAACAUGGUUGAGCACAACAUGCUGGUAAAUGGCAGGGAAAUCCCAGGCCCCUUGUUUGAUUACGGUUUGCUGAUGUUCCAUACUGGAAGAAGACUAUAUGAAAGUGAAAGUGGCCCUUUCUUCUAUUUAUCUAAGGUGGAGAGUUUGCUAGAGGCCAGACUUUGGAAUAAAAUAUUUGUCUGGACUGAGGAAAAGUUACAGCUGCCCAUCGGAAGCAUUAAGGCAACGGUUCUAAUAGAGAGUGUGCUAGCUGCCUUUGAGAUGGAGGAAAUCCUAUAUGAAUUAAAAGAACACUCAGCGGGACUGAACUGUGGCAUAUGGGACUACGCUGCCUCCUUUGUUAACAAGUUUGGCCACCGUUUGGAAUUUUUGUUGCCUGAUCGCAGUAAAUAUGUGAAUAUGGAAAAACUGUUCCUUAAAAGUUACAUGGAUUUGUUGGUUCAGACAUGCCAUCGUAGAGGAGCACUGGCCACUGGAGGGAUGGCUGCUCUCUUACUACCAGAGAACAAAGAAAGCGAAGAGUACCAAAGCAUAAUGGAAGCUGUCACAAGGUUAAAAUUGUUUGAAAUCAAGGCAGGAGUGGAUGGUUUUAUGGUGUAUGACAUUGACCUGGUUGCACCUAUGCAGGAGCUUUUUCAGGCGCAAACCAAAGGGCCCAAUCAGUUACACGUCAUUCCAGAUGUUUCCAUAUCACGGUCUGAUCUGCUUGCAAUGCCUGCUGGAGGCGUCACUUUGUAUGGACUGAAGUAUAAUAUUGCUGUUGGUAUUCAGUUCAUUGAAGCAUGGCUCAAAGGUGAAGGACACUUCUUCUACUGUGGGAAGGUGGAGGAUUCAGCCACUGCAGAAAUAUCCAGAUCCCAGGUCUGGCAAUGGAUAAGGCAUCAGGUCAAGUUAGAAGAUGACAACAGAACAGUUACAAGAAGCCUGGUCCAUGAUCUGACAAAUGAAGUGGUGUUACAGCUAGAAGAGGCAGUGGGUGCAUCUGAAAGGGAGAAACGCAGGCUCCACGCAGCAGCUGAAAUAUUUUUGGAAAUUGUUCAGAAAAGGGAUUUUCCCGAAUUCAUCACGACUUACUUGAAUUUGGAGCAUAUGUUUUUAUGUGGCAAUCAUUAAUCCCAUCUAGGAUAAAACAGGGUAUGUGUUUUGGUUCAGUGUUGUAGUUAUGGGUGUUGCGAGGAUGCCAAUAUACGUGCUGAAUUCUGUUAACGGUACAAUUAUAUCUGAGCCACGAUAA